AAACGAGGCUCGCUGUACAGAAGCGUGUGGAAAAUGGCGGACGAAAGCGAGAACGCAGAACCCAGAGAACAAGAUGGAUUUAAGGGCGAUCAAGAUAACUUUCAGGACAAUUACAAAAUGCACAGGGGUCCUCCCUACCCCGGACCUCCUCCACGUGGAAGAGGUUUCAUGAGAGGUCCAAGGCCACCUUUUGGAAGAGGACCUCCAGGACCCGGACAUGGUCCUCCCCGAUUUCGGGGACCUCCAGGACCCCCAGGGAUGAGAGGGCCUCCUCCUGGAAUGCGAGGUCCGCCACCACCUGGGAUGAGAGGGCCACCCAGAGGACAUCCAUCCCAUUAUGGAGGGCCAGGUAGACCUCCUUUUGACCCUAACUAUGGUCCACCCCCACCAGGAAUGGGAUCACCACAAGGGAUGGGGCACCCACCAGGCAUGCCUCCACCUCCUGGCAUGCAGCCUCCUGGCAUGCCACCCCCAGGCAUGCCUCCACCGGGUAUGCGACCCCCUAUGAUGCCACCACCAAACAUGCCACCACCAAAUUUUUCAAUGCCACCUCCAGGAUUUUCAAUGCCACCAACCUCCCCAGGAGGCACUCAGACAGGAUCGGACCUGAACCAGGAACUGUGGGUAGAGACUAAGACAGCUGAGGGAAAGGCAUACUUCUAUAAUGCUCGCACCAGAGAAUCUGCGUGGGUUAAACCUGAGAAUGUGAAGAUCAUUACGCAGGCUGACGUGGAGGCAAUGGCAUCGCAGGCCUUACAGACAAACACCACAACAUCUGCUGGUGGCACAUCCACUGCAGCACAGGCGGCAGUUGCCCAGGCUCAAGCAGCUGCAACAAACCAGAACCCAGCCAGUGCCACACCAGACAUGACAGGAUUCAAUCAGAUGGGCCAAGGCUUCACUCCUGCACCCAUGACCCAAAACAGUGCACAGCCUAUACCAAGUCAGCCAGAGGCACAGCAAACUGCUACUGAUGCUGUAGCAGCUCAGAAACCUCCCACCACACAGAUGCCACCGAAGCCUCCAGAGGUUGCUGAAUGGUCCGAGCAUAAAAAUGGUGAUGGCCGUUCUUACUUCUACAACUCGCGUUCUAUGGAAUCUACAUGGGACAAACCACAGACAUUGGUUGACUGGGAAGCUAAACUAGCCCAGAAACAACAGCAACAACUACCACCACCUGUUGCUCCCCAGCAGCAGCAGCAGCAGCAACAGCCACAGCCCAUGCAGACAGACAGUCCACAGGUCAAUGGAUACAAUGCAGCAACAGAGGAAGCAUCUAAUGAUACAGAGGAAAAAGAGGAAGAAAAGGAAGAGGAGAAGAAGGAGGAGGAAGAUGAGAAGACAGAGGAACAGAAGGCAGCAGAGAAGGCACGUCCCGUGUCCAGUACACCUGUACCAGGAACACCUUGGUGUGUGGUGUGGACAGGAGAUGGGCGUGUCUUCUUCUAUAACCCCAGCCAGCGUACUUCGCUGUGGGAGAAGCCAGAGGAGAUCCAAGGACGUCCCGACGUGGAGAAGAUGCUUCAGGCCCCCCCUGAUGCCACCAAGGCCGAGAAGAAAGAGGAGGAAGAAGGAGAACCCCAGGCCAAGAAGCAGAAGAUGGAUGAGCUGACAGAGGACAAGAAGGACGAGGUGAAGAGGAUAGAUGUAGGUAAGGAAGCAGCCAUUGAGGCAGAGGUCCAGGCAGCGAGACAGCGGGCGGUGGUCCCACUGGAGAUUCGCAUGAAGCAGUUCCGGGACAUGUUGGCAGAGAAGGAGGUGUCUGCGUUUUCUACUUGGGAGAAGGAGCUUCACAAAAUCGUGUUUGACCCCCGCUAUCUACUGCUGACCUCCAAGGAGCGUAAACAGGUAUUUGAACAAUACGUAAAGGAGCGAGCUGAGGAGGAACGCAGAGAGAAGCACAGAAAACUACGUGAGAGGAAGGACUCUUUCCGACAGCUACUUGAUGAGGCGAGACUUCAUGGAAAAUCCAGCUUCAGUGACUUUGCAGCUAAAUAUGGCAAAGAUGACCGUUUCAAGGCUAUUGAUAAAAUGAGAGAGAGGGAAGCCAUUUUCAGCGACUACUGUUCAGACCUGAGAAAGAAGGAGAAGGAAGAGAAAUCCCUCCAAAAAGAACGGCUGAAGUCCGACUUCUUGGCACUUUUGAAGGAAACUUCCGACAUUGAGCGACACUCGCGUUGGAGCGAGAUCAAACGUAAGAUCGACUCAGAUCCUCGAUACAAAGCAGUAGACAGCAGUUCUCGGCGAGAGGAUUGGUUUAAGGACUACGCAAGGAAGUUGGAAGAUCCUGUAUCAGAAGAUGAAGAUGAAAGGAAGGACAGAGAGAACGAUAAGAAAGAUAGAGAGAAACAGGAGAGAGUGGAAGCCAGCAUCCGUAAACGGGAGGAGGAAGUACAGAGGUCUUUGUCCACAUCUCUGCGUGAGCGUGAUAAAGAGAGGGAACAACAUAAAAAGGAUGAAGCCAUGCAGCUGUUUAAUGCCCUACUCUCUGACCUGGUGCGUAACUCUGAAGUAACAUGGAGAGACACGCGCAAGCAGUUGAGGAAGGACCAUCGCUGGGACCUGGCUGAUCUCCUUGACCGUGACGAGAAGGAGAAGCUGUUUGAGGAGCAUAUAGAUAACCUCAACAAGAAAAACAAGGACAUGUUCCAUAAACUAAUGGAUGACACCAUGCCCAGUCUUACAUCUGUAUGGAAAGAAAUCAAGAAACAAAUAAAAGAAGAUCCAAGAUAUACAAAGUUCUCAUCAAGUGACAGGAAACGUGAAAAAGAAUUCAACGACUAUCUACAUGAGAAAUACGUACAAGCUAAGGCUGACUUCCGUGAAUUGUUGAAGGAGUCCAAACUGAUAACUUACAGGUCUAAGAAGCUGUUGGAGGAAACGGAUUCACACAUGAAGGACAUCAUCACUAUACUACAGAAUGACAAGCGCUACCUGAUCCUGGAUUGUGUGGAGGAUGAGCGUAGCAAAAUCCUCAUGUCCUACAUUGAUGAUCUGGACAGGAAGGGUGUGCCCCCUCCCCCCACAGCCUCAGAACCCUCCCGAAGAUCCACCAAGUGAACUCUUUGCCCAAGGACUGGGUUACAGUGACAAUGAUAUUGUUGUUCUAAUUGGCCAGCUGUAGAUUUCACAGACAAUUCAAAGGCGUGACAUAGUGUUGUCGACUCACUCGGACAUUUUACUGACUCGUGUCCACGGAGAGAGAUUUAAUUGUUAUGUUAUGUUUCUUGACUCAUUCAUCAACAACCGAGAUGAUUGUUUGAAGGUACAAAAGUCUUGUAAUACAUUGUUGUGACUGGUUGGUCGUUAAACAAUUCAAUUGACAGUGCAUUUAGUGGUGAUGAACAUCGUUGUUUUACAUUGUUUUUAGAAGAUUUAGUUAAUAUUUUGACACGGAUACAGUGUGUUAAGACUGAUCGGUCGACUGCCACGGGUCCUGUUGUAGGUUGAUGGAUAAUGGAACAUUGCUACUCCAGUUAUAGAAAUAUGGCAAUUCAGAAAUCUGUCAAGUUGUUAUAGAUAGGUUCGUAUUCCCCAACAUUAAAAGUAUGUCAGAUUAAUAUAGCAGUGAUCUAGGAAGACAUGGUUAUAUUAUUUACAGUACAGUAAAACCUUGAUAUGAUGCCCCUUGUUUCAUUUUCCAUCUUGCUUACCGCCACCAUAUUUCUAGACUCCCUUUUCCUUUCUUUAUAAGAAAUCUCCUUAAACGUCUUCUUAACGAGAGUCUCCUUUAGGUUGGUUUAGCCAAACCUCUUUAUAUUGCCAAAAUUUGGCUAGACAAAGGGGGCAGUAUAACAAGGUUUUAUGGUACUGUAUAGAUACACUGUUUAUCCCGGGUGACAGCAGUUAUUGGGGAGCUACUCUGAAGGGUGGCUAUCUGCUAAUGUUGUCAGUAUCAUCUCAUUCACAACUCUGCACUGUUUCAAUAUACCCAUUCGUGGAAGGCAAAUUAUUAAAUUUUGUGGAAAGUGGAUAUUGAAAGGAAGGCUGCAUUAUAAAUUUAAUUAACUUCUGUCGGUGGUGUCCAUGAAAAAAGAUGUCUUCUAUUGGAUUGGGGUAUCAUUUAAUGUAACGACCUCAUCACCCUACAUUGGUUUUAAUCUACAUUUUGAUUUUAUUCAUAGCUACAUUGUGUGUAUAAUUUAGACAGGAUUUGUGAUUCAUAAUGUGUGUGAGUGUACGAGUGAGCUAGUGUAUGAUCCUGAAUCUGUAUCAUCUAAACCAUUCAUAAUGUGUUCAUACCUUUAGUUUACAUUUUCAUCCAUCAGUAAAGGUGUGUUCAGACUCGUAGCCUGGGUGAAAAUGUUAGCAUCCUGUCAGCUUUUCUUGGAAUGUUCCCAUCAAUUCAAAAACAUUCCAUGACAUCAUUUCCGAGAAAAAGAGGGUAAGGAAAAAAAUUCUUUUAUGGUUUUGAUGUAGGAUGUUAAUCAGUUUAGUUUUUAAUGGUACAAUUAUACCUGCCUACCAGUAAGCUGUUCGUUAUUUCAUCAGGUUUCCAAAUUUCUUAAAUAACAGUUAAUACGUUACACCUUGCCUGAUAUAAAAUUGAGUGCCAUAUCACAUUAAGACAACAAAAAACUAACAGAAUUAUAAAGUAUUUUCAAGUGAAAACAUGUAACGAUGAUAUUUUUCUGUAUUAACUAAAUGUGCUAAGAAGCAGGUGUUUGAUAGUUUUAGGAGUAAGGUAUUAACUUUCACAAAAAUAACAGUCAGUGAAUGUGAACAGUUUAUUUUCCCAUUUUCUGUUUCUGAUUAUUACAGAGAUAUCUAAAAGAAGUGGGAUAUAUGAGGCUUAUUAAGUUGGUGAUCUAUUGGCACCGGUUACAGUACCAAUGUUGAUAACUUGCACGGGAGGUGUUGUCUAUUCUCUAAGCACUGAUCUUUUAUACAGAAUUCGAGAAAUUAACUUUUUAUAAGUAAUUAUUUUAAGAAAUAGAAUGUGAUAUUCAGUAGUACUAGUAAAUGAAAUCCAUAACACAAAGAUGUUUUAUGAAAGGUAUUACCUUCAAGCAUUGUUUUUUUAGCGAAGUAUAUUAAUGUAAAUAGAAUAUAUUAUAGGCUUUGAAGGACGCCUGACAAUCGGGUCAAUGCUGACAGACUAGACAAGACUCACAUGUGUUCUAGUUGUACAUUAAAGAUGAGACAAUUUGCAACUGAUCAUGUUAUUCAUUAAGUAGUUUAAAUAGAUUUAAAUAAGUUUUUAUUGACUUGUAAAGGUGACAAUACUUGUUUACAUCUCUGAAAUGACAUCCUGAAUCUUUGUUUAUGAAGAACACAGUUAAAGAUUUCCAAUAAAAAAAUGUGACUACCAUGAUAAUAUGAAUACACUUAACUGAAGGCUUUGACCUCCGAGGGAAAAUAUUACAAUUCAACAGAAAAAGUUCGGACAACCAAUUUUACCAAUUUCAAAGCAGUAAUUGCCCAAAAUGUUGAUAUAGUAGAAUAAAUGAACUGAUAUUUACAUUAAAAUGUCAUUUAAAUACAUGUUCAUGUAUUAACAAUCAUCUUAAAAGUUAAAUGUUAUUAUUGUUUUAAACUGUUUUUAGAAAUAAUAUUAAAAUUGUAUUGAAUCAAGAUUAGCAUUAAUUCAGGCGUAAAGGUGUUGUAAUUGUGAGAACACUUGUGUAUAUAAAGUUUGUAACAGGAUGUGAGGACCAAGUGACAAAAACUAUUGUACAGCAGAACCUUGUUAUAGUUAAGAAAAUAUCACAGACAUCAACUAUAUCGAACCAAAGUGCUUCAAAGAUUUAAUCUUAAAAUAUUAUACACCAGAUUUUGUUUAGGGUAGGUGUAGGGGGAGAAUUUUGACAUCUACACAAGGUUUUGCAGAAGAAGUUUCUUAAUACUGAUUGAAAGAUUUUGCAAUGAAAAUGAUGUGGAGACGUUUUAUCUUUCACAUUCAAUUGUUGAAAAUACUUAAUGAUGGUGUUAGUAAUGAUUACACGUGACAUGUCUGGUCUGGUAUUGUCUUGUGUCAUGUGUGACUCGGACUAAGAUGGCUUUAUACAUGGAGCAUUACAGAUGUUUGUGUGGUGUAUAGUGUAAUGGUCCAGGGAACAGGUAGGUUAUGCGAGUAUGUGUACAAUAGGACUAAUAGGACUGUAAUGGGACUAUUAUAGGACUGUAAUAUUAUGUAAGUGCACAUGAAUGGGACACAAUAAAUGUACCAUCUA